AUGCGUGAAGUGCUUUCCAUCCACGUUGGUCAGGCGGGGGUUCAGAUGGGUAGUGCAAUCUGGGAGCUGUACUGUGCUGAGCACGCAAUCGGAAUGGACGGAUACCAAUUGCAACAGCCUGCUGAGCAAGAAUGUCAGUCGACUUUCUUUCACAUGUCGCCCAAAGGACAGUGCAUUCCGCGCUCCAUAUUCAUUGACCUAGAGGCGUCAGUAGUCGGUGGAAAUUUUGCGGUUUCAAGCCUUGUGGGAGUGCAGCUGGAACAAAACAGACGUCCGCUUUGUCUCAGGACGAGCGGUUCUCGGUAUUGCCACUGUCAAUGGAACAUUGUCAUCAUGACGGGUGGCUAG